GAGAGGGCACUUUGCGAAACGUCAACACGGGGGUGGCGAGCGGCGGCUGUGGUACGUUGUCGUUUUGGUCGUCGUCGUGCGUCUCUUCCUUGUGUUGGUUGGUUGGCGGCGGCGGCGGUGUCGGCUUGGUGUGUCCCGGGGUGACCGCGCCUCUCUGGUUGGGUUUAAUUGAGUGAGGAAACGCGGAGGGAACGAGGCUGAAAUCGUGUGGGCCAUCUCCGCUCAGGCUGCCAUACGUGUACUGAUAUCUUUGAAACAAAUGGAAAAACAAAAGAAUAUCUGCUUGCUGGAUCACUUGAUGCUUGAACCAAAAUAAAAGUUGUCCUGGAACAACUAUAUUCUACCUGAUGAUUGGAUUCGGGAACCCUGGUAGACUGCAUGCAUCGGAGUGACAUUUGCAAUCUUCCAGUCCUCUGGGACCAUGCCAGAAUCUAUCGACUUUUGGAAAGAUCAUCGCUAAUGCCUCUGCAAUCUCCACAGCUACUUCCUUCAGAACACGAGGGUGCAUUUCAUCUGGUCCGGGAGAUUUAUCUACUUUUAGACUAUUAAGCCUGACAGUUGUGAAGGAGCCAGUGGAACAAGAGCAUGGCUAUGAGCAAUGGGAAUGGUGACUUCAUGGUUCAGAGCAAUGGCAGUGUCCCAUCAAAUGCUAACGGUAACAGCGUCCCUGCAGCCUGUGAUGGAGACCACCUCUCCCAACACCUGUCAUCCAAGGAGACCUCAAGGACAAAAGUGAGUCAGAACAGUAUGCUGCCAUAUGGUAUGGCCAAGCCAUCUACCCUCUUUCCAGAGAGCACGAUAAAUAACCAAAGACCUGCACUGCAAUGUUGCCAUCAUUGUCCAUACCACCAUCCGUUGUGUUGUCAUGGUAACCAACCAGAUUGCCAUUCCUUGGGAAGUACCACCGUCACCUCUCCAUUGACCCCCUCCUGCCUGCAGCCUCACUCUGAGUACCCGACAUCUGUGUGCCAAAACAAUCCCCAUAACCAUUUGGCUGGAUGCUGCCAUCAGCCAACCUCACCUCUCAUCGAUCACACUCCGCUUUGUCUUCAUCAUCGCUGGCCCGACCAUUUCCAGCAUCAGCCUCUGCAGCAGCAACACAUUCCUAACAUCAGACCUCCAAGGCCGUUCCGGUUUCCUCGAAGCUAUGCAGCUCUGAUCGCUGACUGGCCAGUGGUGGUACUGGGACUCUGCACAGUGCUGAUAGUUAUAUGUGCGUUGGUUGGAAUCCUGGUGCCAGAUCUUCCAGAUUUCUCUGAUCCAUUGCUGGGGUUUGAACCCAGAGGAACAACAAUCGGCCAGAGGCUGGUCACCUGGAAUAACAUGGUGAAAAACACAGGGUAUCAAGCAACACUUGCAAAUUAUCCUUUCAGAUAUGCAGAGGAACAAGCCAAGAGUCACCGAGAGGACAGAUGGUCAGACGACGCAUAUGAGAGGGACAAACGACAGGCAGAGUGGAAUUUCCACAAGGACAGUUUCUUCUGCGAUGUUCCAAGUGACCGGUAUUCCCGGGUGGUGUUUGCCUCGGCUGAUGGGGAGAACAUGUGGCGAAUGCAAUCAAUAAAAUCCAUGUGCAAUCUUGACAACACCAGGAUCCGAUCACACUUUCAAUUUGGGGACCUCUGCCAGAGAACGUCAGCUGCCUCCUGCUGCCCCAGCUGGACACUGGGCAACUACAUCGCCAUCCUCAACAAUCGUUCCUCAUGUCAGAAAAUCACCGAGCGAGAUGUGGCCCACACCCUGAAACUGCUCCGCUCCUGUGUCAAGUAUUACCACAACGGGACGCUGGGGCCCGACUGCUGGGACAUGACCACCCGGCGCAAAGAUCAGCUCAAGUGCACAUCUGUGCCCCGCAAGUGCACCAAGUACAAUGCAGUCUACCAAAUCCUCCACUACCUGGUGGACAAGGACUUCCUCAGCCCCCAGACACUGGACUACGUGAUUCCAGCAUUAAAGUACAGCAUGCUGUUCAUCCCCACCGAAAAGGGGAAGAGCAUGAUGGACAUUUACUUGGACAACUUUGAGAACUGGAAUUGUUCGGAUGGUGUCACCACCAUUGCGGGCAUCGAGUUUGGGAUCAAGCACAACUUGUUCCAGGACUACCUUCUGAUGGAUACUGUGUAUCCUGCCAUAGCCAUUGUGAUUGUCCUCCUGAUCAUGUGCAUCUAUACCAGGUCCAUGUUCAUCACCCUGAUGACCAUGUUCGCCAUCAUCAGUUCCCUGAUCGUUUCCUACUUCCUCUACCGGAUAGUCUUUGGCUUCAAGUUCUUCCCCUUCAUGAACCUCACCGCCCUGAUCAUCCUAGUAGGGAUCGGGGCCGACGAUGCCUUUGUCCUGUGCGAUGUGUGGAACCACACUAAGUUCGACAAGCCCCAGGCAGAGCUGGUGGAGACCAUGAGCAUCACCCUCAACCACGCUGCCCUCUCCAUGUUUGUCACCAGCUUUACCACCGCCGCUGCCUUCUACGCCAACUACGUCAGCAACAUCACUGCCAUCCGGUGCUUUGGGGUGUAUGCUGGCACAGCCAUCCUGGUCAACUACGUGCUGAUGGUGACCUGGCUGCCGGCAGUGGUGGUGCUGCACGAGCGUUACUUGCUGCACCUGUUCCAGUGUGGGGACAGGCCGGGGCGGCGGGCACAGCACCGCGGCUGGCCCACCCAGCUGCACCGCCGGCUGCACGGUCUCCUGCAGGCAGCCUCCGACACCUCCCACGUCUUCUUUGAGAAGGUGCUGCCGUGCAUCGUCAUCAAGUUCCGCUACAUCUGGCUCUGCUGGUUCCUGGCGCUCACCGUGGGCGGCGCCUAUAUCGUCUGCGUUGACCCCAAGAUGAAGCUGCCCUCACUGGAGCUCUCUGAGUUCCAAGUCUUCCGGUCGUCCCACCCCUUCGAGCGCUACGACGCUGAGUUCCGCCGCCUCUUCGUCUUCGAGCGGGUCCACCACGGCGAGGAGCUGCACAUGCCUAUCACCCUGGUGUGGGGCGUCUUGCCAGUGGACACCGGUGACCCCCUCAACCCCCACAACAAGGGCCGGCUGGUGCUGGACACCACCUUCAACGUGGCCAGCCCGGCCUCCCAGCUGUGGCUGCUGCGCUUCUGCCAGCGGCUGAGGAACCAAACUUUCUACCGGCAGAGCGAGGAGCAGGACUUCACCAGCUGCUUUGUGGAGACCUUCCGGCAGUGGAUGGAGAACCAGGACUGUGAGGAGCCCAGCCUCUACCCCUGCUGCAGCCAGUCCACCUUCCCCUACAAGCAGGAGGUCUUUGAGCUGUGUAUCAAGCGGGCCAUAAUGGAGCUUGAGCGCAGCACGGGCUACCACCUGGACAGCAAGACCCCUGGCCCCCGCUUCGACAUGAAUGACACCAUCCGGGCUGUGGUGCUGGAGUUCCAGAGUACCUACCUCUUCACCCUGGCCUAUGAGAAGAUGAGCCGCUUCUAUGCCGAGGUGGAUGCCUGGGUGUCAGAGGAGCUGAAGGGAGCCCCCGCUGGACUCAGCCAGGGCUGGUUUGUCAGCGGCCUGGAGUUUUUCGACCUGCAGGACAGCCUGUCGGACGGCACACUGGUAGCCAUGGGGCUGUCGGUGGCCGUGGCCUUUGGUGUCAUGCUGCUCACCACACGCAACCUGGUGAUCAGCCUCUACGCCAUCGCCUCCAUUGCCGGCACCAUCUUCGUCACCGUUGGCUCCCUGGUGCUUCUGGGAUGGGAGCUCAACGUGCUGGAGUCAGUUACCAUCUCGGUGGCUGUGGGUCUGGCCGUCGACUUUGCCGUACACUAUGGGGUGGCCUACCGCCUGGCCCCUGAGGCCGAUCGUGAGGGCAAGGUGGUCUUUUCCCUCAGCCGUAUGGGUUCAGCGAUCGCCAUGGCUGCGCUGACCAGCUUUGUAGCAGGGGCCAUGAUGAUGCCCUCCACUGUGCUGGCCUACACCCAGCUAGGCACCUUCAUGAUGCUUAUCAUGUGCGUCAGCUGGGGCUUUGCCACCUUCUUCUUCCAGUGCCUGUGCCGCUGCCUGGGGCCACAGGGCUCCUGCGGGCAGAUACCCCUGCCCCGCCGGCGGACCCCACCGCCCUCCACCCCCCACCGCACUACGCCCAGUGGGGGGCCCCGGCCCGAGGGCUUUGAGCUGGAGCCGCUGGCUGGGGGACCCAAGGGGGUUGGAAUGUCUGACCCCUGGCUCUUCAAUGGAAGCCGGGCACCUGCCUACCAGCCUGCCACCCCUCCUCCUGCCACUGGGACAGAGCAGCCCUCCCGGGUACUUGGAGGAGAAGGACGGAGAGCAUAACCACCCGGGUACACAUCAACCCCCAUUAAAGACCUGCAGGGGAACUACGGACACAACCAGUGGGAUCCUGGGGGCCAGUGAUCCAACCCAGGGACAACUGGGACCAGUGCACACUCUCCAACCAGUGGCACCUCAGGAGCCAGUGGACCCUCCCAACUCAGGAACAACUGGAUCCAGUGGACCUUCCCUUGGCCCAGGGGUAACUGGAUCCAGUGGAGCCUCUCCCAGCCCGGUGGCCAGUGGAGAAGUGUGUAGACAGUCCUGCAGAUUGUCUCCACUCCUGGGAGCCUCUGUGCCCCUCCCAGGGCCGUGGAGAAGUGUGCAUGUUAAAGCUGACUGACAGAGCUCCUCCUGGACCUCCUAUUGGCCCCACCCUCCACUUCCAGCCCCUUGUGAAGGCAACUCCUCAGGACAGCAUGAACCAAAACCCAGGCGUCUCACCCUGCAGUGGUUGGCAGGGCCCUGGUGAACAGACUGCCCCUUGCAGUUGCCCACCCAGCUGAAGCAGGCUGUGGAGGACCACCACCGAAUGGCAGUCAGUCCUCAGGAUGCGGGGAGGUGUCCCAGUGACUAAUCUCCCCCGUCCCUCCCUCCCUCCAUCACCAUAUCAAAGUGCAAUUGUGUCCACAUCACUCUUCCAAAGGCUUACAGAACCCAUGCCCCCAUGUCCACUGUCUGGGUUAGACAUUCCCAUCUAACCCGUGAGCUCCCUGUGAACAAAGAGGACAAUGCUGGGGAGCUUGAACUCGAGGCAGAAGCACAUCCAAGGAGUGGGGUGGGAUGAUAUCAAGGCAAAAAAAACCCCAGCUAUUAAAGGACAUGUGGGUCAGAGAUGGUGCCAUGAUAAAGGUAUCUCUGCAUUUUUCCCAACUUAUUUUCUCCCAUUUUCUAAACAACAACCCCACCCUCAUCAUUCAUUACUCUCAGUGUCCUUCAGCAGACUAGCAGUUUUUCCACAUCAGGCUGUUUUCACCCUACCUCUGUUAGUGAGGAGACUGGGAUCUGAUGUCAUUUACCGCACACCAGCUUCGUCACUGAGAGGCAGAAGCAAGGGUUGUCCAUGGUGUUGCUCCACCACUCGACAGCUGGUUCUCCACCGCAAUGCCAGAUUAUCUCUUCCCAACCCCUUGGGGACCUUGGAAGUAGGAAUUCCAGCUGAGCUUCUCAUCUUGGUUUUCCCCAGCACUUGGAGAUGAUCCAAGUGUCACAUCUACUAUAUUUGUUCAAUCAUUACACCCAUCUCUUCCCCCCCACCCACCCCACCCAGUCUGAGCAAGAGGCUGGGUGAGAGACAGGACUGAACUCUCACCAUCAGUUUCCCUGUCCUUUGCUUUAUCUCCACCAUCAGACUGUGGACCAUAGGUAAUCCAUCAUUGCCCGUCAGAUAAUCAGUCCGUAUUCGCUGCCUUCCCUUGACCAGGCGCAGUCUGGUGCUAAGAGGAAGGUUUCACGCCUUGUUUGUGGAGGCAUCGUCUAUAGAAUGACAUUCAUAGAGCAGGUGAAGGUUUCGCUGUCCAUCUUUCCUCCCUCCACCUCUUCCGGCUUCUUGCAGUGCAAAAGCUGGUAACAGUGUGAGUCUCCCCACCCUGUCUGCUGGAGCUCCAAGUGGCUCCUGUCUUGCAGUCGAGCAGCUGAGGGUUGGAGGAACUCUGCAGCCUACCGUGACAAACUGUUCUGUGUCCUCAAGCAUUGAUCAAUCCUGUCCAACAUCUGGGCACUCACAUCACUACUCAGUCCAAUUUAUUCAUUUGACCGACUGAUUAUUAUUACCUAACAUCAAGUCUUUGAUCAUGGCACCAUUCUCUCAGUCCCCAACCAUAAAAUAAAACAGCUCAAGUCUACCAAACCUCUCAGUGCAUCAACACUAUCUUCCCCUCCUCUCUCUACCAUCAUCUGUCACUUGCAUCAGAUUUAACUGUGACCGUGUCACAUUUUUACACAUAGACUUUUGUACACAAACUGGGAUCAACUCCUGAUGAUCAAACCCCUGAACCAGUGUGCCAUCCUGUUCCUCUUUUCAUUUUAUUCUUCUUGACCUGAGUUGAGUAUUGGGAGAAUAAUUUAAUACUUGCAUUCUUAAUGUAUGCUUUAUGCUAUUUAAAAAAAAGUUAUGACAGCUAUUAAACAAAAUAUUCCUAUUUGACAAGUAUGCAUUGUGCAAAGUGCAAUGAAUUUAUUCAAACACAUUCUGCUGGGAUUUCACUCUUGAUAAAUUGAUUUAUUAUUGU